AUGGGAAGGCAACAGAAGAGAAGAGACCAAGGAUCUUCUUCUCUUCCUCCGCAGCUUCCUCCCUCCUCCGAAGCCCUAGCGUCGGCCAUCAUAGUUCGAUCAGCAUUAGUGUAUCUAACAAGCAACGCUGCUGUGAUCUCUUCAAUGAAACGACGUGUUAAAAGUAAGAGUAAACGAGGUGUUGUGAAGGAGGACAGACUUACUCAACUUCCUGAAGCUCUGAUUGUGCAAAUACUGUCUCUACUUCCAACAAAAGAUGCCGUAGCCACUACUGCUCUGUCUAAACAGUGGCAGUCUCACUGGAAGAAGGUACCUGUCCUCAUGUUUGAUUCUUGCGAUCACAAACGUAAGCUCGGGACAUUUUCAAAGGAUGUUUGCAAAUCUCUGCUAUCACAUAAAGCUCCAGUGCUACUAAGUUUGCAUCUUGAAGUUGAUUUGGAUACAUGUACUGCCAUGGAUAUUGGGAUAUUGCUUGGAAUCGCAUUCGGACGCGAUGUGCGUAAGCUCUUACUUGACGUGUACCCCAAGAUUAGGAGGAAGAAUACUAGGCCAUUCAGUUUCCCUCCAACCUUGUUGUAUACAUGUCAAACACUAGAGACCUUGAUACUUAGGUUUCAUGCCCUUGUCGAUGUAUCUUCUCAGAUUUGUCUCAAGUCCCUCAAGACUCUGCAUCUUGAUUAUAUGUAUUACAAAGACGACAAAUCAGUGCGUAACCUGUUAUCUGGAUGCCCUUGUCUUGAAACUUUGGUCGUGAGACGAGCUGCUUGUGGCGAUGGUAUCAAAUCUUUCGCUAUUGAGGUGCCAUCUUUGCAGAGUCUAUCAGUUCAUGAUGAAAAUGACGGAGUAGACCACUGGGAAUACGUGAUUAAUGCUCCUUCAUUGAAAUCCUUGCACGUUGAUUUGGAGAAGGGUCCUGAAGUUUGUCUAAGUGAGUCUUCUCUAAAGCUAGUAGAGGCGAAAAUUUCAUGUGAAACAAUCAGUGAGAAACUUUUGGGAUCACUAACUUCAGUAAAAAUGCUUUCUUUGCUCUUUUGGUCACCCUUGGAGUAUCCUACUGGUAGUAUCUUCUAUCGGUUGGUAGAUUUGGAGAUAUACACAGGUAAACCGGCAUGGUGGAAUCUACUUAUGUUCAUGCUCGAUACUUCACCUACAUUACGAGUCCUCAAGCUCCUCAUUGAUCAAUGGCAUAAGGUUGGAGAUCAUGUGGUCUGUGAGAAAUGGAAUCAACCAAAGACUGUUCCUGAAUGUUUGUUGCUCCAUCUCGAGAUAUUUGUGUGGGAAGGCUACCAAGGGAAACGCAAAGAAGAGAAAGAGGUAGCGAAAUAUAUACUAAGGAACACAAGUCGUUUGAAAAAGGUAACGUUCUCCAAAACAAAUUGUAGUUCGGAAGAGAGACUUGAGAUGCUAAAAGAGUUGGAAAGAGUAGUCAAGACUUCGGAUUCAUGUCAGUUUGAGUUUAAAUGA